UAAUGGCCUUAUACAGGUUAUUUAGUACUCAGGUGGAAAUUCAGUAUAAAAGUUACUUGUUAUCAAAGGCCACUUUUUUUACUUUAAUAACCACAUUGUUGAAUAUAAUUUUGCCUUUUAUUAUAGCAUAUAGAAGCAGAGGUUUCUGGUUAAAGUCCCACAGUUUCUUUGAACAGCCUUUAGUACACUUUACCUACGAGUACUUACUAACAGCAGAAACACAAGACCCCAGCCAAUCUAUAAUCUGCAGUGGAAUACAGGGUCUUGAUGAAAAUGAAGUUGGAGAUAGAGACAAAUGUGUUACUAUUGAGGUCGAGGAACACGAUUUUGACGAUGACGGUAAAAGUGAUUCUUUGCAACUGAAAUUUCAACUUGAUGUGCCUCCAGACAAAAUAUUGGUCUCAUUUAUAUUAAUAUUGGGGUUAAAUUUUCAAUUAAAGACUGUGUGUCCCAUGCACAUGCAAAAUCUUGCGGUAGUAUCAAAGGAUUUCGUGAGCGCUCCGUCGAGCUACAAUUAUUACGGCGACUUACAAUUAUAUCAAACAUCACAUCUUCCUUGUUUUUUUGGGAAUACCGAAAUGCAAUUCAGAUACACCCCAAGCAUACUACAAGAGAUCAAAUGGGCCUGGCCGCAGUACCUAUCGAUCGUGGUGAUAUUCUAUUGGCUCUUUAAUAAAGCAAAAACCUUUGUAUUCAGAAGACGGAUGUUUAUGGCUUGGGAAAUAAUACCCUGGAAAAUAUCAAAAUAAUUUAUCCUAAAAGAAAAUUAAAGCAAUGUCAUGCUUGAAGUAAUAGCAAC